UUUUUUUUUUUUUUUUUUUUUCUUUGUCUUCGUUCCUCAUCGACCAACCAAACCAUGAUGGGACCCGAGUCGCAGUACCAGCUCCAGCCCGGCAUAUCGCCGUCCGCGUCGGCUGCGGCUGGAGCGCGGUCGUCCUGGACCUGGCUCUCCAAGAUCAAGAAGGCCGACUUGGGUGCCCUGGCGCUGGUGGCGGGCUCGACGGUCGCUGCGUUCUGGUUGCUCCCGUUCAUCCAGCGCCGCCUGGACGAGCUGACUGGCAACGACGGCGACGACGACAGCAGCAACAGCAACAACAACAACAACAACAACAACAACAACAACAACGCCGCAGGUUCCGACCAGAGCCCGUCGCGGUCGACCGGCCGCCGCACGAGCCUCAGCAUGAGCGCUGGCAGUCGGUACGCGACGGGUGUUCGCAAAACCAGCCGGCGAUCCUCGCUCUCGCAGACCUCGACGCCCGACGCCACGAUCACGACCGGCAACCCAGAGCGCUCGUCCCUGGAUGUUCCUACUACCAGCGGCGGCGGCGAGUCCAAGGGCACCGCAGCAGUUGUUGCAGCGACAGCGACUGAGGUUGUCGUUGUUGUUCCUGUUCCUCCUGCCACUUUCAGCGCAUCGCACGCGAACGCGCCCUUCCCGGUUGCUGAGGACGACAUUGAAGAGGAUGACGAAGCGGACAAGGAUGCUAUCGAGCAGGCUGCUGCCUUGGAUCGCGAUGACGAGGAUGAGAAUGACGAAGAAGACGAGGACACGGUCCAACCUCUGCCCUCAGUUUGGCCAUCGCGGUCGAGCAGCUCAGCUGCAUCACAGGCACAACGGCCCCAGGAUGUCGGCUACAGGAACACUGGCCGUCGCUUUUCUGUUAGUGCCGAGUCCAUGAACCCCAAUCAAGUCAUCCCCGGCGAACGCGUCGUCAUUCCUAAAUCCAACGAGGCACGCAUGCGCAUCGCUGUGGCGACCGCGAACAGCCUUCUGUUUCGAAACCUCGAACCCGAACAGAAGCUGCACAUUGUCGAUGCCAUGGUGGAACGCCAUGUCCCUGCUGGCACCACCAUCAUCAAGCAAGGCGACGAAGGCGACUACUUUUACGUUGUCGAAUCUGGUAAAUUCAGCGUCCAUGUUGAGCGAGACGGCGUCUCCAAGAAGGUCGUCGAGGUCGGGCCUGGCGGUGGCUUUGGCGAGCUCGCCCUCAUGUACAAUUCACCCCGUGCUGCGACUGUGAUUGCCGACGAAGACUCGACGGUGUGGGGCGUGGAUCGCGUCACCUUCCGCCGCAUUUUGAUGACGUCCGCCCACUCCAAGCGCAGCCAGUAUGAAAGCUUCCUCCAAUCAGUGCCGAUUCUCGAAGCCCUCACCCGUCCGGAGCUGGCUCAGCUGGUCGAUGCUUUGGAGCCGUUCGAUUUUGAAGACGGCGAGACCAUCAUUGAGCAGGGUGACAUUGGCACUUGCUUUUACAUUCUGGAGCGUGGUCAUGCGGCUGUGCUCAAGCGAACUGAAGAUGAUGACGAUGAAGUUGAGUUGGGUCAGCUCAAGCCAGGAGAUUACUUUGGAGAGAUUGCAUUGCUGACAGACCGUCCUCGCCAAGCCUCGAUUCGCGGGAUUGGCAACGGGCGCUGCUUGGUCCUGGACAAGCAAGCAUUCGUGCGACUACUCGGCCCUUGCGUUGACAUUUUCCAGCGCAGAGUUUACACCAAGGCGCCCCUGUGAUGCAGAUAGAUUGAAGCAACGCAUAUGAUGGCUCGAAAGUAGUUGGUUUUCAGAUCUGAACGAAUUCGUUGCGAUUGGUCGUUUUGAAACAACGCUAAAAAAAAAAUUCACAAAAUAUACUUUUCGCAUCACUGGUGUGGUAAAAC